AUGGAUUUUAUUAUGCAAUUCAAAUAUGCAUUGAAAGAAGCAGGUAACUCUGAAGAGGUCAAGGGUUUGGUGAACGGCAGUGUUGGUAAUCUUUCUGCUCUUCUCUCCUUUCAGGAUUUUGGUCUGCAGUAUGUGAGAGCUUUGGCUUGUGCUGUUAAUAAAAUCAUUGGUGUGGUGACCAUUGCUCUCGUUUCCAUAGUUUCCAUCUUGGGCCUGAUCUGCCUAAGCCGAGCGGUGUAUUUUCAGCUGUGGAUCAACAGAAGAGGCUACCAGCGACUUAACUACUUCAACGGGCCGUGGCUGACACGGAUAACACUAGUAUUGGUUGCCUUCUGGUGGGGUAUUGGAGAAGUACUUCGGCUCACUUUCGUGAAUGGAGAGGGGAGGUUCACUUCUGACCAGAUGUGGCAAGCAAAUGUUUGCAAAUUCUAUAUCAUCUCAAAUUUGGGGUUUGCAGAGCCAGGAUUGUUCUUGUUGCUCGCUUUCCUUCUCAGUGCAGCUUUACAGAAGCAAGAGCUUGGUACCUUAAACCGGAAGUGGAAUCAAAAAACCAUACGUGCCAUGUUUAUUAUCUGCCUUCCUUCGUUUGUCUGGGAAGCUUGUGUUGUUUUCAUUGGUCCUCGUCUUGCUUCAGAUGAUGGCCAAACAUCAAAUCUUGGAAAGUUCUGGUAUUCAGCCUCAACAGUCCACAAUGGCAAUGUCACAUGCACAUACCCACUGUUGAGCAGCAUAUUUCUUGGGGCAUUCUACAUCAUAUUGGCCAUUUAUGUGAUGUUUGUUGGAGGACAGAUGCUGUCUUUGGUGAUCAACAAGGGGCUCCGACGGAGGAUAUACAUGCUAAUAUUUGCCACUAUGAUAUUACUUCCCCGAGCUACACUUCUUGGGCUCUCCGUUGUUUCAUGGCCAGGUGAAACAGCCCAUGAAACUCUCGUAUUUACCUCCUUCCUGGUGCUGAUGCUUGCUGCCAUGGCUGGUAUUGUGAUUUUGGUGUAUUUUCCGGUUGCUGAUGCCUUUGCUAUAGUUGAUCAAGGGAACAUUGAGAUGCAAACGGAUCAGGAGACUAUCCUAUGA